UUUGACAUACGCAUUGUCAAGGGAUUGGUGUGAUUGAGAGUAUUCGUUCUUUGUGUUGAACUUAUUUAUGUUUUUAUAUUCGUUUAUGAUUUGGGUUUUAAAUAUUGGUUUGGUUUUAAAUAAGGGCUUUUAUGGUUCCAGUUUGUAAGCUUUGACUUAUUGGUUUUCUUUAGUAUAUUAUUUUAAGAUUUAAGUUGGAUUUUCUGCUGCGAUACUUUGAUAAAACCUUAACGUUUUAACACGUGGCGGUAACAUGCCAAUGGUUCUUCUCUAUUUUAUAUAAAGUAAGUGGUUUGGAAAAGGGGGAACUAUUGGGGUGUUACAUACUCAGAAACACACUAUCCCCAAAAUACUAUCCUCGUAUCUUCCCAAGAACAUUGUCCUCUUUACUUCCCCACCAUGGAUCCUAACCAAGACGUACCUUACCCACCUGGGUUCUUUGCUGCUCCAGUAGCGGAGAACGCCAAACAUUGUUUCGACUACAAUAAGAACCCUGAACAAAAAAUGAACUUCAAUGACUAUGUCUAUUUUCGUAGUCGAAGUGGUAAUCAGACAUUGCAUGUCCUUGAAUGGGAUAUCUUGAGGAAAAUUGUCGCCAAGCCCAAGGAAGAGCAACACCGCAUGGACAAAUUGAUGAUAGUGAAUGAGGCUGGUGAAAUCUUUUCGGCUCACUUACCCAAUAUUGUUGAUGUCGUUGGUAAGCCGGAGGUGCAAGCUACCAUUCGUGAGCUGGAAAAGGAGGAUGUUGUCAAGUACGAGGGUACAACUAAAGUCAUCCCCAAAACAAGUGGCCCUAUAUACUACCUUGGAGAGGCUGGAUUUAGCACGGAAUUUGGCAGCUACACCGAGAUCAAUUACGGGUUCAUUAAGGACGAUCUGACUAGUUGUUACCAAGCUGUCAGGAUUUGUACGGAGUUGGAAGCUGACAAGAAAAAAUUGGACAUUGAAGCUGCUGUUGUGCUGUGGAAUGGUCGUAGGAUUACUCGGCCUUCCUUUGUCAACUACUUUGAAGAUAUUGUUGCAACCCAUAAGCCAAUUUUGAUGAUUGUGACUGAGGUGGGAGCAACAUCCACCAACCUUGAAAGGAUUCUGGCCAAGCUAGGCACAAUUAUGUCUUGGAGGUUUGAUUCGGGAGAAGGUUUGCUUGGAGGGACCGUGGUUUUUUGGGAUCCUCAUAGGGUGGAUUCAAUCAUGCUGAUAGCUGACUCUGAUGAGAUUGAUCUGCGUGUUGUGGGAUCAGUGAAUGCAAUUCAGGAGUAGUACCUGCUGCUGACGAAGUGUGCUGGAGGGUGAUGGUGAAGGCUCUUGUGCUAAUAUGGAAGGCUACUGUGUUGAAUUCUAGUUAAAAGUACUCUAUUACUACUCGUAUUCUGUCUAAGAAAUAUUUGUGUAAUAAUGUGUGUAAUCGGACUAUUUGGCUCAUGGAUAGGCCUAUGGUUUCAUGUAGUGGACUAUAUAUUAGGAAGUAAUUAUGCGAUGUUGGUAAUAGUGCUAUUGUGAUGAAAUUGUAGUGUACUAAGUUGUAGGAACUAAUCAUCAUGUGUUGUUCUGUUAGUUUGGAAACUUAUGUGAUAUUGAAAUUAUGUGUUCUGUGAUAUAAGUUUGGGAAUUAUGUGUUCUUUGAUAACCCAAGUGUGGAGUAAAGUAGGUAACUAAUCAGUAACUAACCCAAUUAUAAAGAUAAACUCAGUAUUUGGACUCGAUGAUGAAGUUGUUGGCCCCCUUGAAAUAGAAAUUUGGGAAUGCUAUCCUGCAGUCCAUAUUUCAUAUAAUUCCCCCCCACCCUCCAAACAGGAAAAAAAUUAAAUAAAACCUUUGACAAUUCAUAUAAUAAAUCUCAUAUGCACACAUAAUAAAAAUAAAAUAAACUGGAUAAAUCUCAAACUGGACAUUGAAGAACGCAGUAGUA